GAGUUACCAGCACGCAGAAUAGAGAGGGAAAAAAAAAAAAGCCAUAGAACAUAUUGCUAUACUCCUUUGAAUUCAGAGCAUUCAUCCAUGGCAUCAAGGAAAACCUUCCAUUCAAAGUUCAAGUCCAUCUUUUCAACCUCUAAUGAUAUCAAAGACCACAACCCAAUGGCCUCUGAUAUCGAGUUCGACGAAGCUGAUAUUUGGAGUACUUCCACUAACCAUCAUGUCGCACCAUCAAUGGAGAACAAAAGAACAUUGCCCAUCUCGCGACAACCAAAGAAAGUGCCUAGGAAGAUCGACAACACCGGAAACCGGACCGCCCCGAGGGCAUCAGCAUCGACAUCCUUGCCCCUGAACAUACCGGACUGGUCGAAGAUUCUUAAAGAUGAAUAUGAAGAGCACCGAAACAGAGAGAGCGACGAAGAUUUUGACGCCGCCGACGACGACGACGAAAGCCAUGGGAAUUACAGGCUUCCUCCUCAUGAGUAUUUAGCGAGGACUCGAGGCGCUUCUCUGUCGGUUCAUGAAGGGAUAGGGAGGACUUUGAAAGGGAUGGACUUGCGCCGGGUGAGGAAUGCAAUCUGGAAGAAAGUUGGUUUUGAAGAUUAAUUAGUUUAGAGAAACGUACGACAUGAUCAUCAUGAUCAAGGAGCUGGAUCAUGAUCAGAGAAUUAGAAUAAUAGAAUUGAUAGGCCACUGACUGUGACUGACUGUACUGUUGAUCCUUUUUUCUGGAUCAGGGCUGAAUAUUCAUGUUCAUGUAUCUUGUCAUUUU